AUGCAGGAGAAUAACCAGUCAGAUGUCACAGAAUUCCUGCUUUUAGGAUUUACAAACUCUCCUGUCUCCAAAUUGUGUAUUUUUCUCAUUAUUCUUCCUCUUUACAAUGUAACAGUAGCUGGUAAUCUAAUGAUCAUCACCCUCGUCUUAGUAAGUCCUUAUCUCAAGUUGCCUAUGUAUUACUUCCUGAGCAAUCUCUGUUUAUGUGACGUUAUGUUGACCACAAGCAUUGUACCAAACAUGCUCUUUAUCAUAUGGAAGAAAGGUGAGACAAUAUCAUUUGGUGUUUGCCUUUUACAGUUUUAUAUAUAUGCUGUCUCUGGUGGUGCAGAAUGUCUUCUACUCACUGUUAUGUCUUAUGAUCGAUAUCUUGCUAUAUGUAAACCAUUGCACUAUGCCUCUAUCAUGAAUUUCAACCAGUGUCUGAACCUUAUCUUCUGGUCUUGGUUUUUGGGAAGUCUGGCAACAAUGAUACUAGUUAUUAUGAUAUCCUUUUUAAAAUUUGCUGGACCUAAAACCAUUGAUCAUUUUUUCUGUGAUCUUGAUCCACUGUUAAAGAUUUCCUCAUCAGAAACGUACUUUGUGAAGCUAGAAAUUUUAAUGGCUACAUUUCCUAUAAUAUGUGUUCCACUUCUAAUCAUUGUUGUAUCUUACAUACAUAUUUUUAUCACUGUCCUCAACAUUUCAUCCACCGGCCGACAGAAAGUCUUCUCCACGUGCAGCUCGCACUUGACUGUUGUGUGUGCGUAUUAUGGAACAAUGUUCACUAUUUACACAGUUCCAUCCAAAAUAAAAUCAACAGAUACCGACAAAUUUCUUUCAUUAAUCUAUAUGGUGGUUACCCCCUUGCUGAAUCCAUUAAUAUAUGGUUUAAGGAGUAAAGACAUACGGAGAGCCCUGAAGAAAUUAGUCUAA